AUAUGGGUUAUGUGAAUGGGUUCAAGGUGUUAUUUGAUCCUCUUAGUGGCAGGAUAUAAAGGGUCGAAGGCUAUGGGUGUGUGGUAGUGCUCAUCAGGGCGGGCCAUUGGCAGGUGUCGCUGAUUCGGGGCACCUCAAGACUCUCCAAGACCACUAAAGCUUACUAGUGAUCCAUAACGUGUGCAUGAUGGGAUCUAAACCUGUUACGAUAUGUGUGACGGCGGUGGUGGUGGCGGCGGGCUGGUGGUGCCUCCAAGCGGCCGCCCAGAGCACCUUCAAGGGUCCUCUCCUCUCCAGCUUCAAGGGCGUGACACAGACGGCCUCCCAGGGCCCUCAAGGCUCCUACAAGUUCUCCUUCUCUCUCCCGCAGCAGGAGAGACUCGAGCACAGAGACGAGCAGGGCAAGGUGACGGGCACGUACUCCUUCGUGGACAAGGUCGGGCGUGAAGUGUCCGUGACUUACGACGCUGACCAUAAUGGGUUCCGGGCCAGAAGCGACGCUCUGCCUCAGCCCCCACAGGACACCCCGGACGUGGCGAAGGCGAAGGAGGAGUUUUUGAGGCACUACGAGAGGACGGCGAGGCUUCUGCGAGUGUUGGAGGAGAAGGAGGAGGAAGAGGACUCGCAAUCUUCUGAGGAGGACGAAGAGAGUGAUGAAAAUAGUGAUGAAGAUAGUGAUGAAGAUGAGGAUGAUGAUGAUAGCAGUUCCGAAGAAGAUGUAAACAGCGACGAAGACGAUGACGAUGAUAGUGAAGGUGAUAGUGAUGAUAGUGACGAGGAGGAAGAAGACGAUGAGGAAGACGAAGAAAAAUACGAGGAAAAAGAGGAUAACUUAGGGAGAACACUGGAAUAUGAAGAAGAAAACGAACUUGAAGACGAUGAAAAGGAAUAUGGAAAAAGAAUACAAGAAGAAGAGAAUGAAGAGGAAGCGGAUGAUGAUGAUGAGGAACAAGAUGAGGAUAAACAACAGGUACAAUUGAGACUAAUCAACGUAAGCUCACCUGGACGGCCUAAAAUCUUCCCCCUCCCUUUACCUGUCCACGUGAGGGAGAAUACAGGUAGACGGUUCACCUUCCCUACCUCCUUUCUCCCUCCUCUCACCCCGACACCGACAAACUCCCUCCUCGGAUCAUUCCCUCGAAGACAGUAACUCCCACGGACUAGUUAAUAUAUUUUUUUUCUUUUGCUGCGGGAAAAGAAGACAGACUUGAAGAUAAAGAGAAAAGAAAAAGACAAUCCAUUCCUCCAUUUUACUAAAGGAUGAUGAGGAAGAGAAAGAGGAGAAAGGAGAGAAAGAGGAGAUAUAAUAUUUACAACAACAACAACAACAUAGUGAAAAUAAUGAAAAGAAGAAAUCAAAGAGAGUGAAUAUAAGAUGAAAUAAGGAACAAAUAAGGAAGCUGAUAUUGCAGGCUGAUAGGGCGUUUCAAAAUCAAGAAAUCAGAUUAAAAAGAGAAAAAAAAGGAAAAAAAGGAGAAAAACAAUGUAUGAACGGUCAACAUUCUUCAGUGGCAAAAAUAAGCAUGGAAAAGAACGUAAAGGGGGAAUCAGGGAAGCGAAAUAAAGGGAAACGAACGGAAAGUGAAAUGAAACAAAACAUAGGAAAAGAAAAGCGAAAAGCGACAGUCAGUGGAAGCAGUGGAAGGAAAAACAAAGUGCAAGGCAAAGUGGAGUGUGUAAGUGUGCGCAGUGAAGUAACUAAGUGUUCGUAGUGAAGUAUCUUAAGUGUAAGGAAGAACCGAGGAGGACCGAAGAAACGAUACAAAGUGGAACAGGUCAAAAGAAGAAGAAGAAGAAGAUGAAAAUGAAGAAAAUGAAGAAGAAGAAGAAGAGAAGGAAGAAGAAGAAGAAAGAAGAAAAGAAGAAGGAGAAGAAGAAGAAGAACCAACUCGGAGGUUAAAUGGAAAUAAAAGAAAAAACAGGCUAGGAGACAACACACUUCAAUAUUUAUCCUAUUUAUGUCUAAAAUAAAACUUAUAUCCCUC